GCAAAAAUUGUUGAUUUGGUCAUUCGAAAGGUUUUGGAGGAGCUAGGCAGAAUAGAUGAGUCACAGACUGAGCAUCCGAUUGAGCUUGAUGACUUGACACAGUCACUUGAAGACUCUUAUAAUCGUGCAGUGAUGCAGUAUGCUGGAAGAGAGAGUCUAAGCAGAGGAAGUAUAGGGAGAGGGACGAGUCUAAGCAGUACUAGUACAGAGAGGAGAUGGAGUAAUCUAAGCAUAAAUAGGAUGGAGGGCAUGGACAUGGAGGAGGCUAGUGUGAGUACAGGGAGGAGUGGAAUCAAAGGGAGUCUAAGCAUAAAUAGGAUGGAGGACAUGUACACAGAGGAGGGCAGUGGGAGUACAGGGGGAGAAGUGGAAGCAGCAGAAGCGGAGGGAGCAGUGGAAGCAGCAGAAGGACUAGAAGCAGCAGAAGAGGGAGGAGCGGGAGCAGUGGAAGCAGCAGGAAUAGCAGCGGGGAAGAGGAAGCGGGGGAAGCAGUGAGAGGAAGUUUUCAAGAUAUUUGUUUGGGGGCGUUCUUGGUGUGCCUUUUUUAUGCAUUGUGUUUUAGCCUUUCUCUGCUUAAUAACAAGGAAACAAGUCAAUAAACAGAUGGGUUAUGGAUGCUUCUUUUGUUUUUUGAUCAGCAUGGGAUGGUAAACGGCGCUGUUCAAACUUUUAAGGAGAGUUUCCAUAGAUUUGACAAGUAUACCAACUUCUGUAAUUCAAUCAUCUCUGAGAAUUCUGAUCCCAGUGCUUGUGGUCGGGCAUAUGGUAUGAAAAUAUUUGAUCUCGAAGAGUGGAAGAAGAGAAACAUCAUGGGAAUAUAUCACCGAUGGCAGGAAAUGAAUGAGGAUAGGACAUUGUGGAUAGUCAGCGUCUUACCCCCUGGAUUGGUCACUUUCUACAAUCUGACUAAAUAGUUCGAUCAGAGGUGGCAUGUGUUUAGGCUCGGCUAUGAUCCAGCACUCAACC